AUGGUCGAAGAUCUAGUGUCUGAAACUUCGUUACAAAAAGAAGUGAAACAUGACGAAGAAAAAAAUAAAGAAAACUCUGAAGGGAUAGAAGAAUCUGGGAGUUUAAAUGAUAAAGAACUAAGUGAGGCGCAACGAGACCGUGUAGAGCGAAAUCGACGUCGUGCGCGAGAACUGCGAGAAGCCCGACAGCAAACUAGUACUCAGAUUAAAAAACCACGAGGUUUCGUGGAUACCGGUGGCGGUUUUCUGCUUGAGGACGAUGAAGAUGAAGGCAGAGGACAGAUUCAUACGGUUGCACCACAUGCACCUUUGGUACACUCAUCUGAGCAGCCACAUUGUAUGCUCUGUCAGAAACCAUUUCCACAGUCAUAUCUUUUUGACACCUUCGAUUAUAGUGUCUGCGACCAGUGUAGGGAUGAUGAGGGCAAGCAUUCCCUGAUUACACGGACCGAGGCAAAGAGUGAAUUUUUGUUAAAGGACUGCGAUUUGGAUUUGCGGGAGCCCCCUUUACGUUGUGUACGUCGACCGAACCCUCACAAAGCGCGUUUUGCUGAAAUGAGAUUAUACUUGCGGGCCCAAGUCGAAGAGCGCGCUCUUGUAGUGUGGGGGUCAGAAGAGCAAUUAAGUGUGGAGAAGAUAGCGCGUGACGAACGUCGCCAGCGGGCUGCUAAUACUGCAGCCCGCCGACGUCUGCGAGCCCUGCGGAUGGACGUACGCUCCAGUCUUUUUGAACGCACACGAGCCUCUCAUACUCACGAAUAUGGGCCAGAACGUCCCCACAAAGGUGAUCAAGAUGAUCUCUAUGAACGCACCUGUGCUUGUGGACAUGUUGAAAUCUAUGAAAAAAUGUAA